AUGAAGUUCACCCAAGCCAUCGGCCUCGUGGCCGCCCUCCAAAGCGCCCUCGUCUCCGGCAAGCCCUGUGGCGGCCCCCACCGCCCGCACUGGAAAACCCUCGCGCCCAUCCCUCUCAACCCGCGCCAAGAGCACACCACCCUCGCCCUCAACACCACCCAUCUCGCCAUCCUCGGCGGCAUCGUGCCCAGCCCCUCCAACCCGGCGCUCUUCCCCACCACGCCCCUCCUCCAACUCUACAACACGCACACCCACACCUGGCACCCCCACCCCAUGGCCCCCCUGCCCGUCGCCCUCAACCACCCCAACGCGGCCGUCGUCCGCGGACGCAUCUACCUGCUCGGCGGGCUGGACGACGACGCCGCCGACGGCGUGUGGCGCGGCACGGGGCGCAGCUGGGUCUGGGAUCCGGAGAGGGAUGUCUGGGAGGCGUUACCGGCGAUGCCCGGGGUGGCGAGGGGGAGUGCCGCGGUUGGGGUGGAUGAGGAGAGGGGGUGGGUGUAUCUUGCCGGGGGGAUGACGCAGUUGCCGUUGGUGGAGGGGCAGGGGGUGCAGGAGAGUGUGGAUGUGGUUGGGCCGGUCAAUGUGCGGGGGGAUGUGUUUGCGCUGGAUUUUGGGCGGUUGGAGGAGGGGUGGGUGACGAAGAAGGGCGUCAUGCCGACGCCGAGGGGCGGGGUGUGCGCUGGUGCGGUGGAUGGCAAGGUUUACGUCUUUGGCGGUGAGGGAAAUCCGGCGGAGGGGAGCGACGGGCGCUCAGGCCUCGCGCUCAGUUGGAUGCAGCAGCCAAUCGCGCCGACCGCCAACCGCGAAGUUCGAGCUGAUUUACAUCCUUCGCCGCAUAAUUUCACCAUGAAAUCACAACGCCGUCCUAAAAACAGGGACAAAUACGCUGUCCAACACGAUGGGACUGAAAACCUGGCUGUCAAUGUUCGGUUCAUCUACCGCUUCCUGACACUUCUGGCUCUGAAAACCACAAAGCGCUUCUACAACACCAAAGGCCCAUGCCCAUGCGCAAUUAUCUCCCCACAUCUCAUUGUCAAAAGAGGCCCGUUUGCCCACCUAACCGAAGCCGCCACGCUAAAAUUUAUCGCUGAAAAGACCUCCAUCCCUGGGCCUCGAGUGCACUGCGCUUUCCUCCACAAUAACAGAGCUUUCAUUGUUAUGGAACGACUCCCGGGCGUCACCCUCGAAGUGGCCCGGGAAUCACUGUCGGAUGCCCAACACUCUGCCAUCUUGUCGCAACUCAAGUCAAUUUUCCAGGAAUUAAGGUCGCUCCCACCACCUCCCGGCGUAGGAAUCGAAAGCUGCGUGGGCGGUUCCUUGUGCGACAGCCGCCUCCCCCAAUCCUCGCCCCGGUUCGGACCAUUCAAAACAAUCAACGAGUUCCACUUGUGGCUCUGCGACGGAUUUCGGCCGGAAGACCACCCAGCUCGUAAAGACGAUCAGGAUUGGGCGGAUAUCAGGCAAAUGACAGCUGAGCAAGACGGGCCAUGGCCGCCACCCUUCUUCACCCACGGAGAUCUGCACCCCGGCAACAUCCUGGCCUGUGGCGAUCGCGUCACUGGCAUCGUCGACUGGGAGUUUUCUGGCUGGUACCCCCACUACUGGGAGUACACUUCUGCAUGGUAUGGUCACCAUACCCGACGUGGGUGGGAAGACAAGAUCUUGAAGUUUCUCGACCCCUAUCCCAAAGAGCUAGAGAUGGAGAAGAUACGCCAGAGGUGGUGGGGAGAAGUUUGA